GGCAGGGACAGGGACACAGCUCGGUGACAAUGACAUGGCCACACAGAUGGCAGCAUUUCCAUUCUCCUUUUUCCUUCUCCAGGCUCCCCUGGAAGAUUUUUGGGAAUUUUCCCUUUUUUCCUCCUCCAUCUCCCCCUUAAGAUUUUUUUUUUGAAGCAACUUCCCCUUUCUUCCCCGCCAAUUUUUCUUUUUAUAAAUUUCCCUUUUCUCCCCCCAAUCUCUCCCUAAAGAUUUUUAGGGCUUCUCCCCCUACCCAGACUCUCGGGGGACUCCAGGGAUAUCCCGAAGGAGCAAACGGGGAUGGAGCAGGAUCUGGGAAUGCCCGCGGGGCUCUGGGGCAGGGCCGGGCACAUUCCAGAGGCGCGGGAGGAGCCGCGGUUGCCGCUGGAAACGGGAAUUGCCCAACGCGUCCGGGGAUGACUCAACCCGGGCGGGGCUCCCCAACUUUUUUCUUUUCCCCAGUUUUUCUUUUUUUUUUUUUUUUUCCGGAUCUCACAAUUCCAAACCGGAGCGGAGCUCAGCCAUGCCCACGGAGACGGAGCGCUGCAUCGAGUCGCUGCUGGCCGUGUUCCAGCGCUACGCCGGCCGAGAGGGAAACUCCUGCACCCUCUCCAAGAGGGAAUUCCGGGCAUUCAUGGACACCGAGCUGGCCGCCUUCACCAAGAACCAGAAGGAUCCAGGCGUGGUGGACAGGAUGAUGAAGAAGCUGGACAUGAACAGCGACGGGCAGUUGGAUUUCCAGGAAUUCCUGAACCUCAUCGGGGGCAUUGCCGUGGCCUGCCACGACACCCUGAUCCUCAAAUCCCCCAAUCCAUAAAUCCAGAGGCUCCAGAGCCAUCCCAGAUCCCCCCGGGACAACCCAUGGAACGCUGGAAGUGAUGGAAUGGUCGCGUUCCCUUUUUCCUUUCCCCCCCGCCCCCCCACCUCCGGCUUUUUAUGGAUAAAUAAAAAGUUUAAAACCCCGA